CACGGGCGUCCCUUACACUCUUCUAUAAAACUACACUACCUCGAAACCCUAGAGUGCACACUCCGAUCCUGCAGCCCUCUAGUAACACUAGCUAGCUAGCAGCCGCCGCCAUGGAGGCCAGCGGCAAGAAGCUCCGGCCGUUCCUCCUCACCCUGCUGCUGGUGCUCUCCACCGCCGUGACGCCCAUCCUCUCGCUGCCAGAGCCAGACAACGAGGUAGACUGCGACUGCGACAAGCCCAAGGCGCCCAAGCCGUCGCACUCGCACCCGCCCAAGACCAAGCCCUCCCACCCAUCGCCGUCGCCGUCGCCGAAGCCCAAGAACCCCAAGCCACCCAAAGGCCCCGCGUACCCGGCGCCGGGGCACCAGCAACCGCCCAAGAGCCCCUCCUACCCGCCGGUCACGCGUCCGCCAGUCGUCGGCCCGCCCAAGGGCCCCGUCACGCGCCCGCCGGUCACGCGUCCGCCGGUCGUCGGACCACCGGUGACCUACCCGCCGAUCAUCGGCCCACCGGUCACGCGUCCGCCGGUCGUCGGGCCACCGGUGACCUACCCGCCGAUUACCGGCCCUCCGACGACGCCGCCGGUCGUCGGCCCACCGGUCACCUACCCGCCGAUCACCGGCCCUCCGUCAACCACGCCUCCGAUCACCGGCCCGCCGUCGACGACGCCCCCAGUCACCGGUCCGCCCGUGACCUACCCGCCCGGCGGAGGCGGCGGCAGCUCGACGCCGUGCCCGCCGCCGCCACCGCCAUCUACCCCGACCCCGACGCCGUCGUCGCCGACGUGCCCGGCGGACUCGCUGAAGCUGGGCGCGUGCGUAGACCUGCUGGGCGGGCUGGUGCACAUCGGCCUGGGCGACCCGGUGGUGAACAAGUGCUGCCCGGUGCUGGAGGGGCUGGUGGAGCUGGAGGCGGCCGUGUGCCUGUGCACCACCAUCAAGCUCAAGCUCCUCAACAUCAACCUCUACCUGCCCCUGGCGCUCCAGCUCCUCCUCACCUGCGGCAAGACGCCGCCGCCGGGCUACACCUGUACCAUCUGAUCUCGAUUUGGCUAGCAACCCCCAUGCAUGUGCAUCCAUGAACAUGGGUUCUGGAGUGAGCUAGCAUUCUUUGUUCGGUAGAGAUUGAAGAGAGAUCGACAUGAGAGGAUGUCGUCUGCUUCGUUCCUAGCUAGCUGAAGGGCUCCGAUCCGGCAGAGGAAAGAGGACCUGCAGGUCGAUCAGCUAAUUGACGAUGGAUCGACCAUUUCCCAUGUUUAUUGUUUGUCUCUGUUGUGGUUUCUACUUUCUAGAUGUGUUUUCAGUUUGGUCUCUCGGUCGAUUCGCAGCUUGAUGUUUUGGUUAAGCUUGAUUUGAUGCAAGAGGGGGUGAUGGUUGAUUGUUAAUAAUUCCCGUUAUUUGCCAUGAAAAGGCAUGAACUCGGUCAUGAUUGAGAGCUGGAAGAAACAUUGUUGUUGCAUGCAAUGCAUGCAUGUCUUUGAUCA